AUGACAGAGAGAGGGAAGUGCUCGGUCAAGGUCACCCGGGGAAGAAGCGGGAGUCGGGACUUGAACCUGCGUCCUGGAACCGCUUUCCCAGAAGAGACAGAGGUGGCGACGGAGUCGCACAAGCAGCCAGACCUGCGCACCCGGCCCAAGGCCGCAGGACCCCCGGGCGCCGCGCUACCGCUCCGCAAGCGCCCUCUGCGCGCGCCCUCCUUGGAGCCCGCCGCCCGACAAGCAGCCGCGGGCCCCGGAGUCCCCCCGGAGUCGCUCUGCGGGGGCCCUGAGGCACCCGGCGUCCCCGGGCCCCCCCACGGCUUGCCCCGGCCAGAAGCGCUUUACUACCAGGGACCCUUUCUACCCCUGUACCCCAACCCAACCAUGGGGUCCCCCUUCCCUCUGCUAAGCCUGUCUGCCCCCCUGUACCCCUUCAUGUGUUCUGUGGAACACUCCCUGUCGGCUGACAUCGCCCUGGCCAUCCAUGCAGAUGAAGACGGAGACACGCCCCUCCAUAUUGCUGUGGUCCAGGGUAACCUGCCGGUCAUUCACCGCCUGGUCAGUCUUUUCCAGCAUGGGGGCCGGGAGCUGGAUAUCUACAAUAACCUGAGGCAGACCCCCCUGCACUUGGCAGUGAUCACCACACUGCCAUCUGUGGUUCGGCUACUGGUGACGGCUGGCGCCAGUCCCAUGGCACUGGACCGCCACGGUCAGACGGCGAUCCACCUGGCGUGUGAACACCGCUGUGCGACUUGCCUGCGGUCCCUGCUGGACAGCGCGGCUCCCGGCACGGUGGACCUGGAGGCCCGCAAUUACGAUGGACUCACCGCACUGCACGUGGCUGUGAACACCGAGUGCCAUGAGGCGGUGCUGCUGCUAUUGGAGCGAGGCGCUGACAUCGACGCGAUGGACAUUAAAAGCGGCCGAUCUCCGCUUAUCCACGCCGUGGAAAACAACAGUCUGAGCAUGGUGCAGCUGCUUCUCCAGCAUGGAGCCAAUGUGAACGCGCAGAUGUACUCGGGCAGCUCGGCACUGCACUCGGCGUCGGGCCGCGGGCUCCUCCCUCUCGUGCGCACGCUGGUCCGCAGCGGCGCAGACAGCGGCCUCAAGAACUGUCACAAUGACACCCCGCUCAUGGUGGCACGCAGCCGCCGGGUCAUUGACAUUCUAAGGGGGAAGGCCACGAGGCCAGCCCCACCAUCCCAGACAGAGACCUUCCUUGAUCGGAGUGCCACCGACUCCCCUGAGAGCAGCAGCCGCCUCAGCUCCAAUGGCCUUCUUUCUGCAUCACCAUCCUCUUCACCUUCCCAGUCUCCCCCCAAGGACCCUGCUGGAUUCGCCUUGGUUCCUCCCAACUUCUUCCUUCCUUCUGCAUCUCCACCUGCCUUCCUGCCCUUUGCUGGGGUCCUCCGAGCCCCUGGUCGGCCUGUGCCCCCCUCCUCAGCUCCGGGAGGCAGCUGA